GCCACAGAACAGUUGGUACCCGAUGCAGAAAGGCAAGGGCAAGUCCAGGAACACAGGCAAGGGCAAGGCUUGGGACUACGGCAAGGUUGGCAAGUUCAGGAAGGAAGCGUUCGAGAAGAUACACAGUCUAUGCCUCAUGGCAUAUGCUGCAGGUCAGGCGGGCACGGACCACCAGGACGUCAAGACAACGAUCGGUGUUCUCACGUCCGCAGUCUCCUUGCUCAAGCCUCUUGCUCUCCAGCUCCAGAACGCCACCACGCGCAAGGAAUUGUUAGAGGAGAGGCUGGAGGCCAGCAGUAUCAAUAUCGACGACCUCAUCCACCAGCAGAACACCAUGCAGGACGAGCUCGAGACGGUGCAGGAGCACAUCGAUUUCAUCGACAGAGGCACCGAAGACGACAAG